AUGAGCUUUUUGGACUUUGAGGACUUAAACAUGAUUCCGUUCACUCGGAUUUUGGAGCAUUUAACACUUACGGAUAUGUUUCUCGCGUCGUUCACCAAUGAAAAUGCUCAUAAUAUUCUUGAAGACCUUUUCGUUCGCACGUUCAUCAGCAUACAAGCAUUCGACGGGAAAUUUGAUCUGAAAGUGAAGUCGCCUGGACCAAGAGCAACGCUUUGCUUCACGACCCAGAAAACCAUUUGCGAUCUACCUGAAGGAGAACGGAAAAUGGUGCUUCACAUUAGAGGUCAUAAAAUUGAAAUGACGCUGAUGCAUGGAUUGAAUCAAAAAGUAAAAUACAUCCACGUGGAGAAAAAAUAUGUUCCACUGAUGCUGACCGUGGUCUUCGACUAUAUUCGAGAUCUUUUCGGGACCACUGACUUCAACAUAUGUGUGAGCCUUAACAAAAUGCGAAGAUACCUUCGGGAUAUGGACGUCCUUUGUAUGACCAUCGUGGAUAAGAAAAUAAGCGCUGGCAGUCUCGAAAGACUUCUAACUAGAAUUCGUGUUCACGAGCAUCUCAGACUCCUCGCCAAAGUUACUGGAUCGCUACCGGAAAACUCUGCUAUUCACAAUAUCAGUCAGUUGCACACACAGGGAACAUGGAUGAAGUUCAAGCAUAUUAUGCGAUUCAAUGGAGAACACGCGCUUUUCGAUCGCAACUGUUUCACCGAGGAGAAUAUCGUCGAUUUCAUUGCUCAUUUUUUGUUAUGUGGUUUUCCGAAUCUCCAGACAGUAAUCAUGAGGAGCAAGAACAGAUUAGAUUAUAAGAAAGUCACUCAGCAUGUUGCUUCGAGACCGUGGGAUCCAACUCAGCGAGCACGUCAUUUUAUGUACACUCCAGAGAUCUCCAGCGUCAUGAAUGAUCAACAUUUGAGACAAUUAACCGAUUGCACCUAUGGGUUUGACAUUGUAUGUGGGCAUGGAAGACUAGCAACAUUCCAAAUCACUCCCAACCACUUUGUAUUUUUUGUCUGGACUGACCCCUUCCCAUGGAGACACAUGCUUGUUGAUCAUCAUUGA